AUGCCAGGCUCAACUGAUGGCGAGGUGCUGCCAGUUGCAAUCUCGUUCUCUCAGCGUUCAAACGGCACGAUCGCAACAGUGACCGUCUCAAAUCCGAAGAAGCUCAAUAGCCUGAAUACGACUGUCCUCGAUGCCUUUCUCUCUUCAGUCCCUCCGCUUGCUCAAAGGUCAGACCUGCGUUGCGUAAUUGUGACUGGAGGACCCUGUUCUGUUGGCCAGCAGGCGUUUAUCGGUGGCGCCGACAUCUCAGAGAUGAAGGACUUUCCCAACGCUGAAGCAGGACGGACAUUCAUCAACAAGCUCCAUCUGGCAUGCAAAGCCCUUCGGGAUUUGCCCAUGCCCGUGGUUGCUCGUGUCAAUGGGCAUGCCUUGGGUGGUGGGAUGGUCGUGAUGGCUUCAGCCGACUUGCGCAUUGCUACUUCGGACGCCCGCUUCGGAAUGCCUGAGGUCCAGCGAGGCGUGCCCAGCACCAUCGAAGCGGCAAUGCUGCCUGCGCAGAUUGGCGCCGCGAGGGCCCGGAGGCUUCUCUUCCUGGGUGAUACGAUCUCAGCGCAGGAAGCGGAAUCUUGGGGCCUGGUUAACAGAGUCGUUCCAGCUGAUCAGUUGGACAGAGCUGUGGAAGAAUGGGUUGGCAGGCUAUUGAUGAACGGGCCACGUGCCUUGCGUACUCAGAAGAAGCUGUUUACCAUGUGGGAACAGGUUCCACUGCGAGAAGCAAUCGAGGCUGGUGUGUGGGAAUUUGGCCCACCUUUUGAGGCGGAGGGUUUUGAAGCGGAGGGUAGGAGGAUGAUGAAUGAAUUCCAGACACAGAACAGGCGGAGGAAAGGCAAACUUUGA